AUGGACCGGUUCCAGGAGAAGGGCAUUCCGCUCUCCGUAGCCGUUCUAGAUAUCGACUGGCAUAUCGUCAAUGAGGAAUGUGUGGCUAAGUCAGGGGUCACUGGGUGGACGGGAUAUACCUGGAAUAAGAAGCUAUUCCCUGAUCCACCGCAGUUCCUAUCAGAGUUGCACCGUCGAGGCCUGAAAACAUCUCUAAAUGACCACCCAGCCGAUGGAGUCCAGAGUUAUGAGGAGCUCUAUGAGAAGAUGGCCACGACAUUAGGUCAUGACAGCUUCUUGGGAGAUCCAAUUCCGUUUGAUAUCACGAACCGCGCCUUCACUGAUGCCUACUUUGACAUUUUACACCGACAUUUUGAUGAUCAGGGAAUCGAUCUGUGGUGGGUGGACUGGCAGCAAGGUCCUCAUUCUCGUAUUGCCGGAAUCGAUCCUCUCUGGGUUUUGAAUCACUUCCAUUUCCUAGACAGCGCACGCGAGGGCAAACGUCCGUUGACAUUUUCGCGAUACGCAGGGCCAGGCAGUCAUCGGUAUCCAGUUGGCUUUUCAGGAGAUACAGUGAUCACUUGGGACUCGUUGAAAUUCCAGCCAGAAUUUACGGCAACAGCAUCUAAUAUUGGAUUUGGGUGGUGGAGCCAUGAUAUUGGCGGACAUAUGCAUGGAGUGAGAGAUGAGGAGCUGCUGGUCCGCUGGGUACAAUAUGGAGUCUUCUCGCCAAUCCUGCGUCUGCAUUCUUCCAAUAACCAGUGGAAUCUGAAGGAACCGUGGAUGUUGGAUGUUAGUUGUGAACGCAUCAUGACCGACUUCCUUCGUCUACGCCACCGGCUCAUUCCCUACCUAUACGCUAUGAACUUCCGGGCGGCACAAGAAGGGCUCCCGCUUGUGCAGCCCAUGUACUGGGAAUAUCCAGAAAGAGAAGAGGCAUAUCAGUUCCCUAAUCAGUUUCUCUUUGGCUCGGAGCUGCUCGUUGCACCAAUUACAGCGCCGCAAGAUACAAAAGCACGUAGAUCUCAGGUACGGGCAUGGUUUCCCCCAGGCCGUUAUGUCGAUAUCUUCACAGGCGCAGUAUAUGAUGGAGAUCGUGAACUCUGGCUCAACCGGUCCCUGGCAUCGUAUCCUGUGUUUGCACGUAAAGGAGCCAUCAUUCCGCUGGACGGAGCAUUGGAGCCUGCUAAUGGUGGUAAUGACCCCAGAGAAGUUGAAGUCCUUAUUAUUGUCGGAGCAGACGGCGAUUUUGAACUUGUGGCGGAUGAUGACCAAGGCGAUCAGGUUGACCAGGUGACAUUCCGCCGAACGCAGAUUUCCUUUCGUCAGGAAACUGGCGAAAUUCGCAUUGGCCCUACCCUAACGGCAUCUCGUCAAUGGAGCGUUCGGUUGCUAGGUUGUUCCACCCUCCCGGAACAAGUCCACGUUUUGGUCAAUGCUGCAGAAAGGGUCUGUCAAAUAAGCAAGGUCGAUAAUGGAUCGUUGAUCAACCUAGGUUCAUUAAGACCCGAAGAUACUAUCGUGGUGAGACUGGGUUCACGGCCACAGCUUGACGUCCAUUCGCCCACCGAGCCCAUCAUAAAGUUCCUCCGCGACGCACAAAUCGAAUUGGACUUGAAAGAGGAGAUCUGGAUGAUCGUGUCCAAGAAAGCUCCCGUAACAGUUCGUGUUGGACAACUGCAGGCGCUUGACCUUGAUCGCGCUGUGCUAUAUCCAAUUUUGGAGUGUUUACUGGCGGAUUCCCGUUCAGCAGCUCAAUGA